UCUGCGGCUCUUCCCACAUCCACCAUGGAAACCGUUUUUUCAAACGCUCUUCUUCCUUCCCGCCUUCCUCUUCCCACCCAAACUCUAAAACCCAACCUCCUCUCCUCUUUCACCUCCAUCACCACCACCACCACCACCUCUCCGACCCUUCCCCAACUCAAGCAGCUCCACGCCUAUUUCCUCCGCAAUGCCCUCGACCGCUCUCUCCUCCUCAAACUCGCACUCUCCUCUAGCGUCGACUACGCCCUCUCCGUCUUCUUCUCUUCUCCAACUCUCCCUACCCACACCCACACCCUUCUCUCCAAUCAAUUCCUCAAACAGAUCUCGAGGUGCGCUGCACCCGACAAGGCCUUCCUUGUCUAUGCUCAUAUGAGGACGGACGGCGUGGCAGUUGAAGAGUUCAGCUUACCGCCGCUGCUGAAGGCGUUGGCUCGGGUUUCUGCGUUUUGGGAAGGGAGGGAGGUUCAUGGGUUUGCUGUGAGGAUGGGUCUCGAGUCAGACGCGUUCAUCCAGACCGGUUUGGUUGGGUUCUAUGCAGCGUGUGGGCAGAUUUCGGAUGCGCGGAUGGUGUUCGAUAGAAUGCGGCACAGAGAUGCGGUUGCAUGGAGCGUUAUGAUGGAUGGUUAUUCCAAUUCUGGUCUCCACGACGAUGUCUUGCGACUGUUUGAAGAAAUGAUGUGCUCCGAGGUAGAAGAGCCUGAUGAGGUCAUUCUUGCCACGGUUCUUUCAGCUUGCAGUCGUUCCAGAAACUUGGAUUCUGGCAAAGUGAUCCAUUCAUACAUCUCCAAGAGGAAUUUUGCUUUGGAUUCUCAUUUGCAGAGUGCCCUUAUUACCAUGUAUGCAAAUUGUGGUUCCAUGGAUCAAGCGAACCGACUGUUUGACAAAAUAUCGCCGAAGAGCUUAGUCACGUCCACUGCCAUGGUUUCGGGAUACUCUAAGCUUGGGAAACUCAAAGCUGCUCGUGCAAUUUUUGACCAAAUGCACGAGAAGGACUUGGUUGCCUGGAGCGCAAUGAUUGCGGGCUACGCAGAGAGUGACCAUCCCAAUGAAGCUCUUAAACUGUUCAAGGAAAUGCAAGUUUCAGGCAUAAGACCAGAUCAAGUCACCAUGUUGAGUGUAAUUUCUGCUUGUGCCCAUCUGGGUGCUCUAGAACAAGCAAAAUGGAUCCAUAUCUUCAUUGACAAGAAUGGUUUUAGUGACAUUCUUUCUGUAAGUAAUGCUCUCAUAGACAUGUACGCCAAAUGUGGGAGCUUGGAUGGGGCAUGCCAUGUCUUUGAUAACAUGUCUCGGAGGAAUGUGAUCUCUUGGACGAGCAUGAUAACCGCACUCGCCAUGCAUGGGAAUGGUGAGUCUGCAUUAGGGCGCUUCGAACAAAUGAAAAGGGUUGAGGGGGUUGAGCCGAACGGGGUGACAUUUGUGGGGGUGCUCUAUGCAUGCAGUCACGCGAAAUUGGUCGACAAGGGACGGCAGAUCUUCGCCUCGAUGACCAAAGAAUAUAAUAUCACACCCAAGCAAGAGCAUUAUGGUUGCAUGGUGGAUCUCCUUGGCCGUGCCAAUCUCUUAAAUGAAGCAGUCAAGCUUAUAGAGACGAUGCCGUUCGAGCCCAAUGUUGUCGUGUGGGGGUCGCUAUUAGGCGCCUGUAGGGUCUACGGCAACAUUGAGUUGGGCGAAUUGGCAGCGAGGAGGCUGUUAGAGAUAGACCCAAAUCAUGAUGGGGCUUAUGUGCUUCUAUCGAACAUCUAUGCGAAGGCAAACAGGUGGGGGGAUGUAGGGGAGGUGAGGAAAUUGAUGAAGAACAAGGGAAUUACAAAGGAGAGAGGUUGCAGUUGGAUUGAAUUGAAUGGUGAGAUACAUGAAUUUGCGAUGGGUGAUCAGACACAUUCAAGAGCUGAUGAUAUCUAUCAGAAAUUGGAUGAAAUUGCUAGGGAGUUGAAGUCGGUGGGGUAUGCUCCAAACAUUGGGAGUGUGUUGGUUGAUUUAGAAGAGGAAGAGAAGAAGGAAGCUAUUCUAUUACAUGGUGAGAAGUUAGCAGUUGCAUUUGGGCUGUUGAAUGUGGGGAAGGGGUCACACAUUCAAAUAGUGAAGAAUCUUAGGAUUUGCGAAGAUUGCCACAGUUUCAUGAAGUGGGUGUCAAAGGUGUUUGAUAGCGAGAUAGUUGUGAGGGACAGGACUCGUUUCCACCGUUACAGAGAUGGUGAAUGUUCCUGUAAAGACUUCUGGUGAGCAGCUAAGAGAUACAUAAUUAUGUGCAUGCAUUGGGAUGAAAGAGUUCAAUUUUUUUUUUUUUUUUUUGAAGAGGCCAUUCCAGGUAUGUUGGCCAAUCUGGCACCGGUUUGCUGCAUAUGGUCCAUUUAUCAUUUGUGCCACUAUCAUUACUGUUACCUGGCCCAUAAAUCAGGCAUGCACUCAUUAGAUGGGCCACAUGUGAUGAGAAAAACAUGGACGAAAAAAUUGCCAACAGACCUUAAUCAACCGUAUGCCUGGUCCACAUGAUGAGCAAAUGAGCUAGAUUCAUUUGAGAAGCAGAAGUUCUUGCUUCCAAGUAGAUGCAUUAUGUGCAUAUCAGAAGGAGAAAUGACUGAUGGCUUAUUCAUUUAUUGCAAUGUGGCUAAGGAGAUUUGGGCUUUUUUCUCUAGUGAGAAUCAUGAUGCAUUGGGUUUUCAAUGUGUCCAUUGGUGAUUUGCUGCUAGAAUGGUCCAAAGGACCGUCUAAAGGUCGAAAGAACAGUAUUUGGAAUUGUAUUAUUCAGUGUUCUUUGGAGGCUAUAGAGGGAAAGUAGAGGCAGAAUUUUCAAUGACAAGGUUGUGUCAGGUGUAGCUUUAAAGAUGAAAAUCAUGUCUAUGAUCAGCAAUUGAGUGAGGCCCGAGUUCAGUGGCCGUUCUUCUUUGGCCUGUUGGGGGACUGGAAUGGGGACUUUGAUGGUUCAAACUGUACAUCUGUUUUGCUGGGGUGGUGAUGAGAGGGUUGCUUCCAGAUAUGGCUGUCGGUCUAUUUUCGGUUUUGUUGGUUUUAGUAAAUUUUGUAAUCUUUUGAAAAAAGAAAGGAAGAGCUACAUAAUUGGCCUGGGCAUGUCUGCUGUGGUCCCAAUCUAAUGUGUGUCUUGGAUCCUGCACACUUAUGCCAUGUUAGCACAUGCACCAUUGCUUCUAAAAAAUGUCUUUCUUUUGUUC